AUAUGCAGUAUUUCCAUUUACUUUAUAAUAAAUAAUUAGUGUAAUAUAUCUUAAAUCUCGUUGUGAUAUUACGUAGAUACAUUAACUAAUUUCUUAACCUUCAAAUAUAAUAAUUUUAUAGAUUAUAGUAGUGCAAUUAUAAAAGUUUUAUAUUAGGUUAUAUUUCUUUUAUACUUUACUGACAGAUUUGUUUUGCUAAUAUUGUCAAGCGCGUAUUAUGUGUUAAUAAUUUAAAAAUUAUUGAAUUAUUGAAGAAGUUAAGAAACAGAAACAAUUUAAAGUAAUGGAUGAAGAAAAUGAAUGUGUCAUCGAAGAGGUUGUUGUUCCUUCGAAAACAAAGAAAUUGAAACAAGCACUGUUAUCAUUUUCAAAAGUGUGUCCUCCUAAACCACUAUUGGAUAAUGUAUCUUCUAAAAAGAGAAAAUUAGAAUCUCCAAAAGAAUCAAAGACUGCAAAAAUAAUUAAAGUCUCAGCUAAGGAAAAUUCAGAGGAAGAUAUUGAAAUAUUAGAUAAUGUUUUAAAUGAAUCUAUUACUUCAACUAGUAGUAGUAAAAAUAAGAAAGAAAUAAUAGAUAUUGAAAAUGAUGAAGAAAAAACUCCGGAUAGAUCUCAGCGUCAUGACAAAAAUAAAAAUCGUAAAUCUAAGUCAAAAAAAUCAUUGUUUUCCAAAUCCAAAAAGAAAGAAUCAUUUUCUCCGAAUACUUCGUUAACCAAAUUUCUUAUGAAGAAGAAUAAGAAAGAUGAUAUAAAUACAAGCAUGGAUGAUAAUACGAGAAAGAAAACAGAACAGAAGAAUAUUUCUUCCGUUCAAAAUUCUAAUGAAAAUUCUGAUAUAGAUGUCAGCGUUGUAGAUGAUAAUGAUGAUGGUAAUGAUGAUGAUGAUGAUGAUGAUGAUGAUGAUGAGGAGGAGGAGGAGAUAGUAAUAGAAUGUACCGAUAAAUGUGAUGAUACAAACAAAUCCUUACGCGUUGAUUCUGAUUAUGAAAUUGAAGUUUCUUCGAAUGAUGAAGAUAAUACAAAAGUUUCCGAGAAAAAGGAAACCACGAAUAUGAAUGUCAAAGGUUUAAGAACACCAACGCAAAAAACAAAGAAGACAGAUAUUACAAAAAAUAAAAAAGUGACACCUAAACAAUUACAGAAAGAGAACAGUGCUAGAAAGCGUAAAGAAAGGGAACAAUUGCGACUGGAGAAAGAAAGAAAACGUGAGGAGGAAAGAGAAAAUCGGCGUAGGGAAAAGGAAGAAAAACGGAAAGAAAAAGAAGAAAAGGAAAGGGCAGAACGUGAACAAAAGAAAAAAGAGAAGGAACAAAAGGAGCUUAAAAAACAAAUGGAAAUAGAACAAAAACAGAAAGAAAAGGAAGCAAAAGAACAAGAACGUCGUAAAAAGGAAGAAGAGAGGAAAAGAAAGGAGGAAGAGAAAUUAGAAUUCGAACGUAAGAAACAAAAAGAAGCAUCGACUUUUGUGAGUUUUUUCGUUCCUAAAAAACAAGAAAUGAAAAGCACGGAAGAGGAAAAUAAUACGGACGUACAGACAUUCAUGCCGUUCGAAGUUAAAACAGAUAUGAGGGUUGCACCCAUUUGUAGGGGUAAUUUAGAUGAGAGUCAAAAAUUAUCUCUAGAUUCUUAUCUUAAUAAAGGUGAUGAGGAAACAAUUAAUUUGUAUCUCGCCGAAAUGAAAAGUAAGAAGAUUAUCAGGCAUAAAUCUGAAAAAACAUGGCCGCUCAAAGCAAAGAAUGAUGUAAUCGUAUUAGAUGAUGAAGAAAACGAUUGUAACUCGGAUUUAGUAUUUCAACCCGAGACUGUCGCAGACAAAAUUCGACCGAAGUUAUUACAGUUUCAUGAAAAUCGUCGACCACCAUAUUGGGGAACUUGGAGGAAAAAAAGCGAUAGUAUAAGUUCUCGUCGACCAUUUUCAAAAGAUUCGAAAUUGUUCGAUUACGAGGUUGAUUCUGAUGAAGAAUGGGAAGAGGAAGAACCUGGCGAAUCACUUCAUGGUUCGGAAGAUGAGAAAGAUGAAGAAAAUCCGGAUGACGAUGAAUACGAUGUUGACAAUGAGUUCAUGGUACCGCAUGGAUAUUUGUCCGACGAGGAAGCACGACCUGACGAAGAGGAAGACGAAAGUAUGACGCCGGAAACGCAAAAGUUCAAGUUAAAAUUGUUGGGUGAACAAUUUGAGGCUGAAAGAACGGCAAAGAUGUCGAAACUUAAGCCAAGAAUCAUCGGUUGCGUUUGGUUGGGGGAAAAUAAUUCGUAUCCUGAAAAUACUCCUAAAAAGGUCGUAGAAUUUUUAACGGCACGUCAUGCCUGGGUUUCACAAAUACCGGUCGUACUUCCAUCACCUACGAACGAAAAUACGGAAGUUGAUGGUACGCCAGCAAGUACGAGAAAAAGAAAGGUACCAACAGAAGCAUUGCCGGAUUUGAUUCGUUUAAUUCACGGAAAUACGCACGGGAAAAAUUUUCUCGUCAAAGAAUUUCUCACCUUUUGGAAUAAAAAAGCGGCGAGUAGGGACAAUCAAAUAUCUAAAGUUAGUUUAGUGACUAAGAUUAGUGAAAUUGGAAGGUGGAUACCUUGUCCUGAUAAAGGACAAAUGCAUUUGAAAGCAUGUUGGUACGUUUCCGAAGAUAUUAGAAAACAAUAUUUAGGUGAGGAUGAAGAAUUAGUUUUACCGAAUCGUUGGAAAUAUAAUUUAACGCCUAAACGUAAAAGUGAAAUAAUUACGGACAAUAAUGAUAAAACGGAAAAAUCGGAAAAAGAUGCUACUACUACCGAUAAGGAUAAGAAAAAGGUUCAUCUGAUUACACAAUUUACUAAAAAAAUUACUCAAGAAGAGAUGCAACGACAGCUUACUGCAGAAUCGAAUCAAGCUGUAAAACCUAAACCGAUAUUGCAAAGACCACCUAAACGUGCCGUUUUAAUUUCUAUUCCUAAAAAUGAUAAAGUAAGUAAGAAAUCUAUAGAAGAAGAUAGUCAAGAUAAAUAAUAAAAGUGUAUAUAAACGCUGAAUUAAUUAUUCCUAUGUCUAUGAGGGAUAAACUACUAUACGUGAAUAAACGUAUUGUUAAGUCAAACAAUCUUCCUAAUAUGUUGUAAAGAAAAAAAAAGAAAAAGAGAUAAUAACUGCCAUGUAAUAUAGUAGACUAAAUACGCAAUUUUUUUUCUUAUCGCACCAAUUAAUAAUUCGAGGUUAUGUCGUUCGAAAGUUUAUUUUUCACAAUAAAUCAUAUUAACGUUGACCUCAUAUCAUAAUAUCGUUUAUAAAUAUCACGAUUUUAUCUAUCGUUAAUAAAUAUAAUAAUAAUAUCUAUUUUUUAAACAAUCGUUCAUCGCCACUGUACUGCCUUUUGAAACAAAAAAAAGAAAAAAGAAACAAACAAAUUCGUAUUUAGAUUACUAUUCUUAUCGAUGAGAGAGAAUUUGAAUAGAUUUGAGAAAUUAUAUUUUUCGAUACAAAUAUAUUUAUACUUUAGAAUAAAAUGGCCAAUAUAAUGAUGAAAACUUUAAUGUUCAAUUUUUGUGAUAUCUUAUAAUCAAUUUAAAAAUUAAUAAUUUCUAAUAAAAAAGAAAAUACAAACUAAAUAAUGAUUACUAUUUCAUUACAUUAGUAUAUGUUCCAGUAACGAUAUUUUAUACUUAAACAUCUUAAUUAAGUCGUUAACUUAAUAAUAAUAAUAAUAAUAAUAAUAGCAAUAGUUACACAUGUAUUUUAUAAUACAUUUUUCAUAGACCGAUCGCAUGCGGAAUAUUCGCCAUAUUUGAUAGUCAUACAUUCCUUCAGAUUUUACAAACAUAAUUAUUUAGAUCUAUGCAUAUAAAUAUAUAUAUAUACAUUCAUAGCCUUAUUAUUUUCAAUUAGUAUAUUCCAAUCAUCGAUAUAGAAAUAUUGUUUCAAAAGUGAUCAACCGAUCGAU